AUAUUCAACGAACAUAUUUUUUAGUUAACAGCGUAAUGGAAAAUCCUCUGUUUGGAACUGCACAUCUCCUAGAUGAAGUAGACAAGAAAUUGAUGGUCCUGCUUCGUGAUGGUCGCACCUUGAUCGGGUACCUAAGAAGCGUUGACCAGUUUGCCAAUCUCGUACUGCACCGUACCAUAGAGCGGAUACAUGUUGGCAAUGAGUAUGGAGACAUUCAGCGAGGCGUAUUUAUCAUCCGAGGGGAGAACGUCGUCCUUUUGGGAGAAAUUGAUCGGGAGAAGGAAAACAACCUUCCGCUGAAGGAGAUAUCGGUUGAUGAUAUUUUGGAUGCCCAACGACGGGAGCAGGAAGCCAAACAGGAGAAACAUCGAUUGAUAUCGAAAGCCCUGAAAGAACGAGGUUUGAAUAUGAACUCGGAGCUGACACAAGAUGAGUUUUAGAAUAAGCGAAAUGUUGGGAUCCGUUUUAUUGCAUACCAUAUAACGUAAGCUG